UAAAGCGCUCCACCUGUUCGCUAAAAUUCCUGAGAGAGAAAGGUAGGGAGAGGGGACGGCGAUGAAGGUGGAGCGGGUCCGGCAGAUCGCGCAGCUGAAGCAGGUGAUGCGGCGGUGGCGGGUGCUCAGCCUCCGCCGCCGCCUCGUCGAGGAUCCACCCCCGGGUUUCCUCGCCGUCUACGUGGGGGAUGACCGGCGGCGCUUCGUCAUCCCCGCUCGGUUCCUCAAUCUCCCGGUCUUCGCCGCCCUCCUCCAGCGCGCGGAAGAGGAGUAUGGCUUCCCCGGCUCCGCGGCCGGGGGCCUCGCCCUCCCCUGCGACCCGGCCUUCUUCGGUUGCGUCCUCGACGCUCUCCAUCUCGACGAGGCUCGCUUCCGCAACUUACCCCUCGACGCCUUUCUCGUGCUCUUCGCCGACCGCGGCCGCGCCGCCUCUUCCUCUCCUUGCCGGGACUCGUCCUCGUACAACAGCUUCUCACCUCUCCUCCCCAAAGCCAAGGCUCGAUGACAAUAACCAUCUCACAUGCUCUCUCCAUCUAGUUUCUUUAGCGUUCAUCCAUGGCUCCUUACGGAUCUACUCCCCAAAGCCAAGGCUCGAUGACAAUAACCAUCUCUUUCUCUCUCCAUCUAGUUUCUUUAGAGUUCAUCCAUGUUUCCUACGGAUCUCCAAUGAGAUGUGAUCCUUCCUUUUCCCCGUC